ACACUCUGACUUUGGCUACAUUGAGGCACAUCUCGGCGAAAUCACUUGUUGUUUUUGUUGAUAAGUUACAGCAUCCAUUUCGAAUAAAAAACCGAAAUACUAUUUACUUUGUCCACUUUGGGCUUCUGUAUAAACGCGGUGCUCCAACAUGGCAUCUGUGAGGAAGCCCUGUCAUAUCUUUGGGUGAGUUUAUAUAGUCAUGGGGCCAUCAAAUUAUUUAAUCUAUAAAAAUAAUUCAAUGUCCACCACUUUUACUAGUUUCUAACACUGUUCUUAGGGUCAGAUAACAAAAAUACCGAAGUAGCCAGAAGCAUGUUUAAGAGCAUGUUAGUAUUUAAAAUUCUUCAAAUAGCCGAAAGCUAACUAAAAGGUUAAAACAAAGCGUAACGGAAUAUUAGCAAACAUAACUAAACGGCUAAACAGUUACAAAAAGUACACUAGUAGCUCUAGCUUUAAUUAGCAGAAUAAUCAGAAAGGAAAAAAGUCUAAAUAAAGAAAACCAGAAUUGAAAAAAAAGUUUCAGAAAACAUUCUUAAUUGGAAAUUGAUCUUAAAGUUAUAACAAUUAUCACUUUGACUAAUAUAUAACUAUAUAUAUAGUUUUGUAUACUGUACUUUAUAUACCAAUUGUACAUAUUCUAUUUCUUACAAUGUAAACUGUAGACUGUCUUUAUGUUACAUUAUAGACUCUCAUUAUGUUACAUUAUAGACCAUCUUUAUGUUACAUUAUAGAUUGUCCAUGAAAUAAUAUACAGCUCAAAAACAGUUUUAAACACACUUAAAAAUGAGACAGUGUACUUUACGUGUUUUUGUAGUAGAGGUCAGUAACUUCAAAGUCACUAAAAGUGCAGAAGUUAGACCUGCAGGUAAAAUUUCACUAAUGGACCAUAUGUGAAUGUGAGUGUGAAUGCUUGGUUGGACACACACACACACACAGACACACACUCACUAUUAGCUUUUUAAAGUUAGCUUCCAACAAUGUUGUUUUACUUAUUCCUAUUUCUUUUGACUAUUUCCAAAUUAAUAAUUUACUCUUCCAACUGUUUCACAUUAAAGUGCUAAUUAAAGAGUAAACUAAUUAUAGCUGAGUUUUAGUCAUCUCUGGGCUAACUAAAUAUUUUAUAACCUAGUUAUUGUUUUCUCUUUUAUCCUCUUUGUUAACAUUAGGCAACUAAACUGAAGCUACAUUUUUGAAAAUCUUGUACUUUAUCAGUCUUGUAUUAGGUUACAUUUAAUUACCCCAAAUAAUUAAAUGGCUUUGCAUUAUUUAUUUAUUUUCAUUUGUAAGAGUUUAACACAAUCUAUUGAAAACUUAAAAACUGUUAAUGUGAGAAACUCUUCUGGAAUGUCAUGAUUCAGUACCAAUUAUUCCCAGGUUAAUCUUAAUCUUUGAAGCUCUGACUACAAAAACAAAGACAGAAUAAACUGGUAAAUAAAGGUUCUGAGAAGGUCAAAGGUGAUUUUGGCUAAGCUGCUAAUAUCUGACUCAGUUGAAGUCUGCUGGUACUGAUCCAGGACAGUCUUCUCUCUGUCCUCUGUCCAUAAACAUUACACUCUUCAAUGAAGUAGGAGGACUGGGGAUUUGACCCUACGACCUGUCCCUGAUGCUGAUCAGGAAACUACUUUGAUUAAGGAGGUCAACUGUCAUUUUUCCUGCUGUGACAUGGGGCGUUACGGCAAACAGGAAAUAGUUGAGCAGCAACCAUAAAAUCCAUUUAUGACCUUUUACAACACAACACCAGCGCUAACACUCAGGUGGAUAUCCAAACCCAGGUGAGACGCUCCAGUCGUUGGUUUUUAUUCUGCACAAAGAAAACACUUUCAUCGGAACUGAAAAUAAUGAGUUCUACUUAGAGGUCACCAAACUGGAUUCAAAUGUUGCUGCUAAUGUUGUUGGGGCAGCUCUUAACCUUUCUGCUGGUGUUUACCCACGACUGGGUCCACGGAGCCAACGACUGUGGAAAUGAAAGCUACACUGAAAACUGUUUCACCUAUAAGAUCUGUACAUUUGAGGAAGGGUUCUGUGACCUGAUUCAAAGCUCACAGACAUCGUCUGUCUGGAUCAGAACCACUGAAGUCCCUGGACUGAACCACGGCCAAACCAACCACACAAUGGGUUAUUUCUUAUCUUUGUUUCCCGUGGGAGGAAACAGAACCACAGCUGUGGACCUCAUCAGUCCUGUGUUCCUGCCCAGUCUGACCUGCCAGAUAACUCUCCACUACUACAUUAAGGCAGCACAUGGAGAUCUGCAGGUUCUGGUCCAAACUCGUCCUCCUGGUCAGAGCACCGUGUUGUGGAAACAUUUUACCCAAACCCAGACGUGGCAGCAGACUGACCUUCAGAUUCUCAAUAAUCACACUUUUCAGGUGGUCAUCAGAGGAGAACUUUCCUCUGGCAGUGAAGCUCUUGAGGUCCUGGCUGUGGACGACCUGUCCUUCAGUCCUGGCUGCCUGACAGCACCUGAGAGCAGUUUACCCCCACCCACCAUUUGCCCUCCCUCAUGGUUUGCCUGUGAUGAUGGGAAGUGCAUCAAGGAGAACCGAGUGUGUGAUUUCAGCCCUGAUUGUCCCCACGGAGAGGACGAGGCCGGCUGCCCCUCUGUGUGUGACUUUGAAGAUGGCUCGUGCGGCUGGUAUGAGCUCACCCUUGGUGAUGGUUUUGACUGGGUCAGGGCCUCAUCUCAGGAGGUUCCCCCAGACUACUAUAACCAUUCAGCACCUUUGGACCAUUCCACCAACAGCACUGAAGGUCACUUCAUGUUUAUCCUAAAGAACAGCAGCAGUCUUCAUCCCAGAGCUGUUCUCCGUGGACCUUGGUUUCAACAAUCAGCUGCUGGUUGUACCAUGUCCUUCUGGCAUUACAACUCAGGUAUAUCUGUCGGGGCUGCUGACAUGUACCUUCGACUCAGCAACAACAACAACAACAACACCAUCAUAUGGAGAACGCUGUACGACCAGGGAACUGAAUGGCACCAGGUGGCUUUGCAGCUUGGACGGAUCACCCAACCUUUCCAAAUCUCCCUGGCUAAGAUCAGUCUUGGUGUGUUUGAUGGUUACUCUGCCUUGGACGAUAUCACCUUUAAAAACUGUUCGAUGCCCGUCGCUAUGGAUGAGUGUCCAUCACACACACACUUUCACUGUGUGCACACCAAAGCCUGUGUGGAGCAUCUGCAGCUGUGUGACCUGGUGGACGACUGUGGUGAUGGCUCGGAUGAAGAAGGAUGCUCCACAGAACUGCAGUGUAACUUUGAGAAUGACCUGUGCAGCUGGAGUCAGGAACAAAGCGGAGGAGAUGUUUUUGACUGGACCUGCAUCCAAGGCCCUACUCCGUCCUUCAACACUGGUCCCUGGAAGGACCACACACUGGGAACCAGCCAGGGCCGUUACCUUUAUAUUGAGUCGUCCGUCCCUCAGGAGUUUAAAGACACAGCCGUGUUACUGAGCCGAGCCUUCCAGCCCACCCAACAGCGGGACGUGGACUCCCGCAGGUCCCAUCACCAUUGUGUUUUCCGCUUUCAUUACCACAUGUUUGGCUCUCAUGUGUUCCGCCUUGCAGUCUACAUGAGGACCACAUCUACAGGCCGCGGUCAGAUGUUGUGGGUUCGAUAUGGAAACCAGGGAAACCUAUGGCACAGAAAAACUCUCUACCUCAACAGUGCUCGUCCUUUUCAGGUUUUAAUCGAAGGCACAGUUGGAGAUGAUUUCCACGGAGACAUUGCCAUCGACGAUCUCUCCUUUCUGGACUGUGUCCCUUACCAAGGAGAGCUGCCUGCGGUGAAUGCCACAGUCCCCACAGUGACAACUUCACCCACAACAGCCCUGUCCCACACCUGCCUUCAGGGAGAGUUUGUAUGUGGAUCACAUGACCAGUGUGUGCCCCAGAACAAAAAGUGUGACUUCAGAGCUGACUGCUCUGAUGGCUCUGAUGAAAAAUACUGCGUUGAGAAGCUGUGUGGUUUUGAAGGCGGAGACACUUGUGGUUGGAUGCGUGCCGACCCUUCUUUAGUACCAAGCCACGCGUUCCGCUGGUCACCUGAUCAAGGGGAAAGUAUUCACGAUGGAGAACAAUACCAUCGACCAAUAAAUGAUCACACUUUAGGCAGCCCUGAUGGUUGGUACAUGUACGCAGACAGCUCCAACGGUGGCUACGGACAAACCUCUGACCUCAUCACACCAGUCAUCUCUUCCACUGGGCCACAUUGUACCCUGGAAUUCUGGUACCAUUUGAGUGGGUUCACAGUGGGGUCUCUGCAGGUCCUGUUGAAGUACCAGAACCUCACUCAUGAAGUCUGGUCACAAACUGGUAACCAAGGCAACAGGUGGCGACGAGGAGAAGUUUUUCUGGGGUUUUUAAACAACUUUCAGGUGGUUUUCAGGGCUAAACGCGGGAUCAGCUACAUGGGUGACGUGGUGAUAGAUGAUGUCAGCUUCCUGGACUGCCCUCCUCCACUUCCUGUAUUUCAGCCAUGUUCACCUGAGCAGUUCGCCUGUUCCAAUGAGCACUGCAUCCCUCAGGAGAACUUGUGUGACUUCAUCAACCACUGUGGGGACCACUCAGACGAGGACCCUUACAUCUGCAAGGGCUUCAGUGGAUGCUGCAGUUUUGAAUUCGACCUCUGCUCCUGGCGCCAGUGUCCUGACGAUGACUUUGAUUGGCGCAUCAAAGCAGGCGGCACUCCAACAGUUGGCCCGGGGCCAUCCACUGACCACACUAUAAGGGAACCCUCGGGGCACUUCCUCUACCUGGGCAGCUCCUUCCCUCACUCGGGUGGACAAGUGGCCCGUAUAUCUGGACCUGUGCUCAGCCACCGCAGCUCACAGUGCACGAUGCGUUUCUACAUUCACAUGUCAGGAGACGGCAUUGGAACACUCAGUGUCUUCAGGAAAAGUGAAGGACACCUGGAUCUUCUGCUCAACCUCACAGGAGACCAGGGCACCUUCUGGCAGAUGAAGGAAGUCCCUCUGAGCCACAGCAGUGACUUCCAGGUCCAGUUUGAGGGGAAAGUGGGAAAAAGCCCUAAGGGGGACAUCUGUCUGGACGACAUCACCUUCUCUCCAGGAUGUCUGCACUUGUCCUCACCCAGAUUAGAGGACAGCAGUCCUGCACCCCCUACAGACUCCUGUCCUCCUGACUCUCUGUCCUGUGAAAACGGACGCUGUUUCAUGGCUAUGCAGAGCUGCGACUUCACAGACGACUGCGGCAAUGGCACUGAUGAGAAGGAUUGUGGGACUUCCUGCAGCUUUGAGAGCGGUCUCUGCGGUUGGAGGAGCUCCUUGGCCGAUAAUUUUGAUUGGACCCUUGGGACCGGAUCGUUGCAGAGCAUACGACCUCCGUACGACCACACGCUGAUGGAUGAACAUGGUCAUUUCGUCUACCUGGAAGCUACGCCAGUGGGACUUAGAGGUGAUAAAGUUCACAUGAGAAGCUCUGUGUGGAAGGAAUCUAGUGCCAUCUGUAGACUCACCUUCUGGUACUACAUUUCCCACAAGGCCUCUGGAACCAUCCGGCUGCUGAUCAAGGACAAUGACUUGGUUGAAGUGUGGAAUAAAACUGGACCUCAGGGGAACCGGUGGAACCAAGCUGAGGUUCCUCUCAGGAAGUUGAGGAAUUUUCAGGUGAUUUUUGAAGGAAUUCGCUCCAUGGACGUGAGUGGAGGAGCUGCAGUGGACGACCUGGAGUUCGUGGACUGUGCUCCGAACACUGUGCUUCCUGUCAGUUGUCCUUCAGCCACAGACUUUUUGUGUCAAUGUGGCGACUGCAUCCAGUCCCACCUGGUGUGUGACAACAAGGCCGACUGCAGGGAUGAAUCAGACGAGACGGACUGCAAUCACACAGUUGCUACUCCUGGUUCCUGUAACUUCAACGGAGACGAAGACCAGUGGGAGCAGAAAUGUCAGUUCUUUCAAGACCAGGAUGAUGACUUUGACUGGAGGAUAGGUCAGAGGACUGAGACACCGGGAUCUGGACCAGACUCUGACCACAGCCCAGGUGGCGGUGGGAACUUCCUGUAUGUGCAUUCAGCUAUACAGAGGGAAGGUGAUGUCGCCAGGGUGACGACCCGCCGUCCGUUUCCCGCCAGCAUCGGCCUCUGUCACCUGCGGUUCUGGUUCUAUAUGUUUGGCUCAGACAGGAUGGGAACUUUAAAGGUCUACACAGUUGGACUUCAUGGCACCCGUCUCCUAAUGUGGGCGACCACAGGUGACCACGGCCCUCAGUGGACCUACGCCAACGUGGUCCUGUCCAACACCGGACCGUUCACGGUGUCUUUUCAGGCCGAGGUUGGAGGAGACAUGUGGACAGACGUGGCCCUGGACGACAUCUCUUACACUGCAGACUGUUUGGUUGGAGGUCCAGUGACCCCCCAGCCUCUGACCUGUGGGUCAGACCACUUCCAGUGUCUCUACUCCUUCCAGUGCAUCCCAAAGAGCUGGUGGUGUGACGGAGAGUCCGACUGUUCCGAUCAAUCUGACGAAGAACAGUGUGGAACCCUGGUAUCUGGAACUCUUCCUCCUCAGGACCGCUGUCCCUCUGCCCAUUUCCAGUGUUCCAACUCUGUCUGCCUGCCCUCGGUGCUGCGCUGUGACAGUGUCCCUGACUGUCCAGAUGGAGAGGACGAGUACAGCUGCCCACUGCUUCACUGUCAGCUGGGAGAACUGCUGUGUGAACAGGAGUCACCUCAUUGUAUCCCACUUCACAAACGCUGUGACCGGUCGGCCGACUGUCUGCCUUUUCAGUCUGAUGAAUCCAGCUGCCAUGGAUGUCCUCCUCUGUACUGUCUGGGUCGCGGCUCAUGCUUUGUCAAGACCUAUGGACCUGUUUGUAUGUGUCUCCCAGGAUGGACAGGAAAUCGUUGCCAUGUGAGAGAGAAGCCGUCUCUGUCCACCUCCACAGCCCGACCACAGGACACGCACCUGGAUGCAGUCUACGCCAGCAUCACCAUCAGUCUGCUGCUACUGCUGCUCCUCAUCGGACUCGCUGUCAGUAUUCAGGCCUUGUACAACAGAAAGAACCGCACAGAAAAAUCUGACUAUGGAACAGAGAACUACUGGGUGAUGGAUGACCACAGGGCAAAGUCUCCAUCCCAGGAUGACGCACCAACCAGAGUGACCCUCAGAGUUACCCCCAGGAGGAGCCAGCCCCGGGGCCUCUCCAUCAGUGUUUACCCGUGGGGGAAAGAGGUGGAGGCUUCCACUUGGACCAGUGCCAGUCUUUCCUUCUCCAACCCACUGUACAAUUACCCUGCUGACGGUGACGACAGAAGCUCCGAGGCAUGAAAACCAGAAGGGACGUCACACAUCAGUCACACUGUGCUAACAGCUAAAGAGUUUGUUAUGAAUUAGACUUAGUGGAGAAGCAGACAAGUCAACAGGAAACUAGGAAUGACAUGAAUUCAGAUUCACACAUUUAGUGGUAAAAGAAUAUAUUGUAUGGCUCUCACAAUAAUACAUUAUAAAAUGUGUGACUUUUUUAGUUCUCUGCUAAAAAGGUUCCCGACUCCUGAUCUACUGUAACUGAAGCUGCUUCACUUGAAAACAGUUGACGUCUAUUAAUGGUCAUGUCUUUUAAGUAGUUCUUUUACUCUCCACCAUAAAAUUUUAACAAAAAAGUAGUUCUGUUUCUGAAACUGUCUGUCCAAUCAUCAUGCAGAAGACCAGCUCAUUGUCAAUCAGGCAGGUGGUCUGCGACACCUCUUUUUUCUCUGUUGAGUGAGAGGCCGAGCAUCAUAAACACGGUGGUGGUGACAUGAGCACUCUGGAGAAUUGACAGCGCCACCUCCCUGAGACCAGGGAGACCCUGAUGGAGUUGCUGGAAACCUCUCCUUUUCAUUCCAUUAAUGUUGUCACAGAGUCACAGAUGUCACUCUGCUGCUGCUGUUGCCGCUGCUGCACCGAUUAAACCCAUUGGUUUAAUGACGAGCAGGGAUGGAAAAAAGAGUGCAUGAAGGAAUCAGUACUUUCCCAGUGAAGUCAGUAUAACACUUUGCAUUGUAAAGCAUGUUUAGAUUAGAUCCACGGAGAUUGCAGAGCACCCACGUGUGCCAGUCUACACUCCCAUUGUUGCUAAAGACCACUCCCUGCUACCUAUCAACGCUUCUCAUUGUGAUGACAGACAAACUGCCUAGAAGGCUCGGUGACAACUUGCUGCUAAAACUAUAAUAGUGGUUGA